AUGAAAAGCCCGGAGCCAGCUGUGGCCUCGCAGCUCGGGGAAGCCUCUCGCUGGGCGCACGCACCCCGCAGCGUGCUGGAGAGGUUGACAAACCGGCCUCCCUGGGUGCCUGCUGCCGCCUUCGUUUGGGAGCCAGGAGAAGCGACCGCGCGCACCCCACAUCAGCUGCAGCAGUGGUCAAUGGCCUGUUGCCAAGAAUGGUCGCAUCAGCAGUGUUGCGAAGACCUCGCCGGUGUGGAAGUUGCUCUCAUUGCCACCAGGAGCUCAUCACAGCUGGAGGCCUUGAUCCUCAGUGGCCCGCACAGCGCGGCCGCUGGGCAGCUGCAUGCACUCGUGAAGCGUGGCAUACGGCGGCAGGCAGCAGAGAUGCCACGUGCCCAAACAGCACGCGAGCUUCUGCAGAGCCACCGCGACACCCGCAGGACGGUGCAGGAUCUUGGUGUGGCCGACUCCCCGCCUCUUUUGGGGGCUCCUUCACAAGGACACUGCUCGGGUGUUUUGGACGUCCUGCUGCAGCAAGUUUGCCGGACACCCCACUCCACAGCCAUCAUCGCUGAAGAUAGGCAGACGAGCCUGCAUGCUGAGCCGAAGCAUACCCGACUCAGCUACGCGAAUCUGGCAGCCUACGCAGCAGAGACCUCCAACGAGCUCUUGGGCACCUGCCCUGCCCCGGUUGCCGUGGGAGUCUUAGCUCAGCGAGGAGCAGAGGCAGUGGUGGCGCUGGUCGCAGCUCUGCUGAGCGGUGCAGCGUACUGUCCCCUCGAUCCAUCGCAACCAUUCGAGCGCGUGGCAGCUUUGAUUUCCGCGGCGGCUCUCGAUGCCGUCCUUGUGGCCAUGGAGCACUCGAGUUUGGGAUCCAGGCUCUCAGACAGUGGGGUGCUGACGGUUUCCAUUCGCAUGACGGCCGGCUCGUCCAGGAUCCCUCCAAGAAGAUGCCGGAAUGCCAAGGGGAAAGCCAUGUAUGUUCUGUUCACAUCGGGCUCCACAGGCACCCCGAAGAUUGUGCGAGCAUCUGAGCAAGCAGCCAUGACUCAUCUGGCACACGUCGUGCGUGUUCAUAAGCUUCUGCCCACGGACGUCGGCCUCCAGCAGACGAGCCUGUCUUGGGUGGCAGCAAUGCCAGAGGUCUGGGCGCCGCUGUUGUCGGGUGCGACUCUGGCAGUCGCGCCGCUGAGCUCUGGAGGUGCCAAAGAUCUGGAAGUCCUGGCGAAAUUCGCGUCCAAGGGCUGCAGCUUGCAACAGUACGUCCCGUCCGUGUUGGAGGCCAUGAUCACUGCGGAGCUUCGGCCUCUUGGCGGUGCCUGCCGCCACUUGGUGCUCACCGGGGAGCCGCUCUCCAGUGAACUUUGCAGCCGGCUUUCGCGCAUCGGGACCUUUGUGCUGCGGAACCACUACGGUCAGACUGAGGCUGCUGACACCACGACCGUCUUCGUCGCGGCUCCGUCAGGUCUGGCCGCAAUGCCCAUCGGACGGCCAGCCAUGCAUCGCCAGGUGUGGCUCGAAGGCGUGCAGUUCCCUGGAGAUCCACGGCGCACCUGGGAGCCAGGCGAACUGCUUGUUGCCGGCCCAGGGCUGCAACUGCGCGGUGCAGACGCAGAGGACUCGCUCCUUUCCGCAGGGACUGUCUUGCGGACCGGAGACUUUGCAAGAUGGGUGUUGUUGAACGGGGACUUUCAGCUCCUCUGCCUGGGCCGGUGCGAUCGCCAGGUGAAGGUUCGUGGGCAUCGUCUUGAACUGGCUGAGAUCGAGUCUGUUCUCAAAAGCGAGGCCGAACGGAUCCUUCAGAAGCAGCUGGAAACCGUAGUGCAGCUCGAGGGCGCCAAGCCUCAGCAGCGGCUCAUCGCAUACGUUCGACCGCCCCUCUCCGGUCGCGACGCUGGGGCCCUGCUGGAGUCUUGCAACCGGCGCCUGCUUGUGCACGCGAGGCUGUCCCAGGUGGUGGGGAUUCCAGAGUGGCCCAGGACGAGCACCGGCAAGCUGGACCGCAAGUUGCUCUGUCCGCCGGCAGCACGGCCAAAAAUGGGCCAGACCCCGCAGGUUCUCCGCGAAGGGACUGACCGCUUCAUCAUGCGGCCACCCCGGGCACCCACCUCGAGGCAGCGGCAGAAAGGUUGGCAAGUCGUGCGUGCGGUGGUUGCUGGGGCUCUGGCUUGUCGCCUCCGUCCUUUCCGUAUGAUUUGCUGGCCCUUGGCGUGGAUCUCAUGGAUCCGCCUCCUUGCCCCCCGAUCAUCGGAAAGUCUCUUUGGGCAGGAUUGCAGCUCGCGUGCCCCAUGGCUUGCCAGCUUACUGGUGACAGCCCUCCAGCCAUGGCAGCUCAUGCUGCUCUCUGCUGCCUUCGCGAGUUGGAAGCUCGGCUUGCGGCGUGCGCUGACCACUCCAGUGCUGUGGUGGCUAGGCCUGAGCAACACCGACGGCCAACUCUGCCGGGAGCUGGAGUGGUACAGUUGGUAUGUGCAUCCACUUCGAGUGCGGGAGCUGAUGAGGCUGCUGGCAGAAGCCACCCUCCGCCUCUUGCGUGGCGACUUCUUCCUGGCCCGCGGCAAGCGCCCGGCGGACUGGGAUUGGGACGUUGCACCCCGCCGGCCGCGACGGCGGCCCCGGCUGGAGUACGUUUGGGUGGAGGCGACUGCGGCUGAGGCUGAGGUCACGGAGACCCCAGGGCGGUCGCGAGGUGAUCUAACCCACUCACACCAGCAACUCCUGGAGCUGUUGGACCAGGAAGCAGGAGCCCAACUUACACCGGACAUGGCGCUGGCGUCUGCCUUCGACUCACUGAGGCUCACCUCCCUUGUGGGAUCCUUGCGGCGCAAGCAGGCGCCGAACCUCUCCUUGAGGGAUGCGCUUGCUUGCGACACCGUCCUGGACUUCAUGACGCUGGUGGCCGAUGGGCGGAAUGCAGAUCCAUCCAGCAAAUCCGAUCGGCCAGCAGAGCCGGUUGACUGUAAAAGUUUCCGCGUGCGGGAGUGGCCCUACAUGUUCUCACUAUCUGUUUGUUGGGCCCUGGAGUCACGGUCAGCUGUGAACAAAGCAGCGCUCGUGCGUGCGCUGCAGAGGUUGAAGAAGAAGCACGGUGCCCUAGGUGUUCAUCUUGCAGACCCACCUGCUUUGUGGGAUUUUGCCAUGGAAGCUGCAUCGAACUUGUCCUUCUCUCGGGCGAUGCUGCUCAGUGGCAGUGUCUCGCACCAAAGCAGGCAGCCUACACGUUUGGCCAGGAUAUUGGACUCUGUUGGCUCUGUCUUGUGGGCAGCAUGGCCUCGCCUCGAGCAUGCUGAGGGAGACUCAGUUGACGUGCCUUUGGAGGUUGUUCGAUGCGAAAGUAGCCAGCAGCUCGAGAUGCGGUCGGCUUGGCUAUUGGAUGGGCGCAACGCACGCCAGUUCCUCACGGGGCCCAUGCACGCCGUGUUGCUGGAGCUGCCCGGAACAAGUGGCGAACCCGAAAUGGCCCGGCUACAUAUUGCCGUGAGCCACGGACUGUCCGAUGGCUUUUCUGGGAUGCCUUUGUUGCAGGACUUCGUCCGCUUCUACGAAGUCGAGCUCACAGGCGAGGCUGUCCAGGAGACUGUUGAAGAUGCCUUCUGCGGCCUCGCGUCGCAGGAAUCACGGCUUCAUGACACAUUGGUCAGAAGGAGCCGCGGUUCCGCAGACAACCAGGCCGACUUGGCUAGUUGGGCGUUGCCCGCCACGGGGACUGAUGCCUUCGACCACUUCGUGUGGUUGCAGCCAGCGGCGAUGGCAACACUCCAGACCCUGGUCGUGCAGCGGAGAUGGCACUGCAGCUUGGAUGUGGCAGUUCUGGCACUGAUCGGAGGGGCCCUCGCCCGGAUGCACCCGAAGGGCUUCCUACACCUGCGCUUUGUUGCAUCUGCCAGGGAUGCCCCCGGCGAAGGAAGUGUCGUCGCCGAUCUCGCGGACUCAAGGGACUUGGACCUUGCCCUAUCAGGGACAUCCGUUGAGGAGGCCGUGCAUAUGAUAGCAUCCUGCGUCCGUCACCGGCGAUGGCGCCUCCCUGAUGCCCUAACCGACGCGGAGGAGCGUGUGUACAUCAACGUGCGGCCGCUUCUUCAAGGUGUGGGCUCGUCGUCCUGGCAUCACACCACCCAGUGGCCGCCGGUCCAAGGCGAGUGGAACUGGGAUCGCCGGAACGUGUACCAUGCCUUGUGGAUCAUGGCCGACCAGGUGGGGCCACUCGAGUGGGUACUUUGCCUCAAGGUACGGAAUUCCCAGCAUGAAGCUUCGCGCCUUGGCGAGGUGCUUAAGGCCCUUCUUCAGGAUCUGCAGUCCAGGCCACACACCCCACUGCUCGAGGGCUAG